AUGAGAUCCUGCUGGUACUCAAAACCGGAACCACGACCACAAGUUAAGGAACUAAGGAACUUUACAUCUGGCGUUCUUGAUGCAUCCUCCUCAGUUGGUAGCGUUGACGUGGGGACACGUCAAGUGUGUCCACAUCCACAGUAG